UCUAACUAAACUAAACCAAUCGAAUUCGAAGGUUGCAAACGCGUUUCAACCGCGGUGAAGAGCACUGUGGUCUGACUCACUCUCUCUUCCCCUUCACCGGAGCAUGAGCACCAUGGAGGAAGCAGAGAGCAGGAAAGAACCAAUAGCUCUGUUCAUGGCUUUCGGCACCAAAGGCGAUGUCUACCCUCUCGCUGCCAUUGCCGCAGCUUUGGCUCGUGAUCAGCCAAACUACUCUGUGUUCUUGAUUACACAUUUGGCUCAUGAGAACAUAAGCUCACACUUGCUCAAAGCAAACGUUUCGUAUGUUCCUGUCACUUCUCCUCCUGCUCAGUCUAGUGAAUCUCUUGGUACUCAUGAAGACUCAGCAAGGAAACUUUUUACGGAGGAGAAGGAAAGGAUAAAAAGGGAACACAGGAAAGAGUGUCGUUCUGCAUUUGGAAGCAUCUUUGGAGAGGGUUCUUGUAUGGAGGGUGAUCUCGUUGUCAUAAAUUUCUUUGCUUUGGUAAUUGGAUGGAGCCUUGCAGAGCUUUAUCAGAUCCGUUGUGUGGUGGCUGCUCCUUAUGUUGUUCCGUAUAGUCCACCAUCAGGCUUUGAAAGACAGUUUAGGAAGGAACUUCCGGAGUUGUACAAGUACUUGAAAGAAGCCCCCACCGGCAAGGUUAGCUGGAGUGAUGUAACUCAUUGGAUGUGGCCUCUUUUUACUGAAGAAUGGGGAACUUGGCGGUCCGAGGAACUCAACCUAAGCUGUUACCCUUUUGCAGAUCCAGUAACAGACCUUCCAAUCUGGCAUAUCCGGCCAUCAUCUCCACUGGUCUUGUAUGGUUUCAGCAAAGAAGUUGUCGAAUGCCCUGAUUACUGGCCGUUGAGUGUUAGAGUGUGUGGCUUUUGGUUUUUACCCAACGAGUGGCAGUUUUCAUGCAACAAGUGUGGAGACAGUCCUUCUUCUGCAGGGCUUCUGGGUACAACAGACGAGUCUCAUGCAUGCUCAAACCACACAGGGCUGUAUGCUUUUGUAUCGGACUCUUUAGAGCCAGCUCUUCCUAUUUUUGUAGGGUUGAGUUCUAUUGGAAGUAUGGGUUUUAUGAAGAAUCCCUUAGCCUUUCUUCGAGUUCUCCAGUCUGUUAUCCAGAUUACAGGCUACAGAUUCAUCCUUCUCACAGCGGGUUAUGAACCUCUAGAAGCAGCAAUUCGCACCAUUGUUCAGGAACCUAAACGAUCUUUACACGAGGGAGUCUCUAUCUUCAACGGCAAGCUUUUCUGCUUCUCUGGUAUGGUGCCUUACAACUGGCUAUUUCGAAGAUGUGCUGCUGCAAUCCAUCAUGGUGGCAGUGGUUCUACAGCUGCAGCAUUACACGCUGGAAUCCCACAGAUUAUAUGCCCAUUUAUGAUGGAUCAGUUCUAUUGGGCAGAAAAGAUGACUUGGCUUGGGGUUGCUCCACAACCGUUGGCAAGGAACCAGUUGCUCCCUGAGGAAUCAAAUGAUGAAGAGAGCAUCAUGGAAGCUGCACAAGUGGUAGCAAAAGCCGUUUACGAUGCACUGUCUUCAAAAGCUAGAGCCAGUGCCAUGGCAAUCGCUGAAACAUUGUCUCUGGAGUGAUUUCAGGAUGGAGUCUCAGAAGCUGUGAGAGUGCUUAGAGAAGAGGUGUGUGAAGUUUCAGCGCAGCAACAAACGUAGUCACAGACAACGUACAGCUUAUAUCAAAGAGAUGGUGAUCUCUUUGAACAAUGCAAGAAGUUCUAUAGCAACAAAAUGUUAUAUACUAAUUUUUUUUUUUGUAGAGACCAUUAGAAGUGACUAUCAAUGGUUUAAUUUUGAGCUGCUCCAUCAGCAAUCCUAUUAUCA